UUGAUUUUGACGUGUACCUUGUCGCGUUUGCCUUAUUUACAACAAUUGUAAUUUACAUAAAUAAAAUCGUUUAUACACCAAAAUGUCUAGCGGUCAAUGGGAAGUUGUAGGUAAGAGCAAGAAGUCUCAAAAUGGAAAAGUAAAAACUGUAAAGGAGGACGAUAAGAAGCCAGUUCGCAAUGGGCCGAAGCCUGAAGACGUUGCGCCGCCAACUAAAUCUUACUACGCCGGCAUGGAGAUCGAUGACCCAAAAGCAAACGGAAAGAAGGCGAAUAAAAACAAGAAGAAAGCCGAGCCACCGAAGCCGAAACCGCCGAAAACCAUUGAAGGAGCAUUUGAGGCUAUUGAUGCAACUGAGCUAGCAAAUAUCAUAGCAACCAACAAAAUCCGGUUCAGCAACGCACCCCUAGUCUGGUUGAAAGAGGUUGCCAAUUUCCUCAACUCCAAAACCCAAAUAGAAGUGGAGGACCCAACGUUUUCUGCGCAGGACCCUUUAUAUCCCCUGUCGGUUGUGCCUUUGGAAUUAAAGAGUUCGCUGGAGAAAGUUCUUACAGAUGCGGGGAAGGCCAACACUCAGCUGUUCUUUGAUGUCACUCUCACCGCUUUAGCUAAUGAUAUGAGCAGAGGUCAACUAGUAAAUGGUCACCGUCUGCUCCUUCAAAUGUUAGCACUGGAAUACCCCGAGUUCUGCGUAGCGUCUAUACAAAAAAGUGCGAGCCUUCGCAACUCCUACCAGAAUAGACCCCCUAUUGGACUAUCCCUUCUGUGGGCGUUCGGGCAGGGUGGGUUCAGUGAUUUCGCAGUUGGUUUGAAAGCGUGGCAAGAACUAUUCCUUCCAAUAAUAGAAUUAAAGAAUUAUUCUAAGUACGUGGUAGGGUAUUUGACCCAGUUGCUAGACAGGCACGCGACGAUGGAAGCCACUAAAGUGAGCCAAGAACAAUUGCUGGCCAUGUUCGAUUUGGUGAACAAUAAGAAGGGCCUGUCUAAGGAUUUGUCAAGUGACCUUAUGAAGCAAUUAAGUAAAUAUAAGGAUAUAUACUUCAAUAAGAGCGGCGCCAAACUCCAAGUGACCUUCAACCAGAUAAUAAAGAAACUGCCCAACCAGUAUUUAAGCGGUCCAAACCUGGACCCCUACAACCGAGUGCUAGUCGAAAGUCUAGUAGACUGUCUACAACGGGACGAUUCCUGUAACGCUACGUGGCGACAACUGUUCCAUCGGUGUCCUAAACAGUCUGCCACCCUUCUCGAUUACAUAGAUACUAAUUGGGCAGAAAUCAGUCCAAAGCUAAAGCACAAAUCCUUGAAAAUAACAGUAACUCAGUACAAAGAGAUUAGUGUUGAAACAUUGAAAGGAAAGAAAAAGGAUGAAACUGUUUCGAAGACCAAUAAAAUAUGCCAGGAUAUUCUAGACAGAAUGACAAGCACUAGAAGAUUCCCUUGGCUGUGGGCGAGCUUCAUCCUACUGCUGGGCAUCGCUGGACUGAUUGCCUAUGAUGUCUCCACAGUUAACGGAAACUUCCCAAAGAGCACAACCGGCCGGCUACUCAACGACCUAGGCAUCCUCGAGCAAAGCCAGCGGGCGUGGCAGAAGUCCCUAUCCACCUCCGCUAGAGGCUACCUCUGGCUCGAAACCAACACCCCCAUCUACUACGCCCAAGCGGCCGAAAUAGCCAAACCCUACGGACAACUCUCCAGAGACGCCUUCACAGUCGGAGUUAAAAAAGCUGGUAUACUCUACAACAACAUAAAGGACUACGUCAUUGAGAAGACUCCAGUGGUAGUCGCCACGAUCGAACAUUAUGUACCUGGAUUGGUCGAUAGUGUGGUUGGUUACACUACAAGGUAUGAAGUUGUAAAGAAGUAUUCAAUCGAGUACUACACGUUCACUUCGGAGUAUUUGAAGACCAAAAUUUUUGUAGGCGAAUGGGCCCCCGAAGUGCUCCAGAACAAAACGCAGAGCGCCCUCAACGUGACCCGAUUCCACGUGUCCUCAUACUUCCACUGGUUCCGAACACAAGUUGACGUCUACUCCGAGAUACCUUGAAGACUGUUCCGGUGUACGUGCUAAACCAUCAUGUGUGGAGGGGUCUUACUGUUCUAAGUUAGUCUGAAUCUCUGUCAAUUGUUUUGAGUCUAUCAUUUUAGGGGCAAUUUUAUACAGCGUGUAAAUAUACUACGGGCGAAUAUUUUUGUGAAAAGGAUUUCGGCCAGCAAUGUAAUGCACGUUAAACGUUAGUUGACGGUUACUUUGCAAUGUUAAUGUAUUCGAAACCAUGUUUAAGGUACACAGCUGCUCGGAAAAUUUUCAAUAAUUAAUUAUGGGGUGAAAAAUGUGAAAAUUGAGACUAACUUUAAAACACCUCUUAAUUAAUGGUAACACUAAAGGUUUAAAAGUUUAAGGAUUACACGCUGUAUAUGGCCUGCACACACUUUGUACAAAAUUGCUAACGUAAAAUAGAACAUGACUGCUAUGCCAGCGUCAAUCCGACAUAUACUAUGACGUCUUCUUAAUUUGUGAGUGUGUUUAGUAAAACGUCCCACUUUGUCGGUUACUAUUAAGGCGAGAUUUACUUGUAUCUUUGUAUGAAUCAACUGUCAAAGCGGCUUUAGAGCAAUCAACAAAGUGGGACGUUUUUACGUGCAUACUCACUUUUAUUCUCGCUCGCACUUAUACGCUGAGUAUGAGCGAGAUGAGUGAGUGAGAAUAUUCUCUAAUUUUAAUGAAACGUCCAUCUUGUGUCCACUUUUCCGAAUUGCAUAUCACAUCAGUGAAUGAAAAAGUAGCCCAAUAUUUUUCCUUAGUAUUACAUUUUAAUAGUGAGACACCAGCACAAAGUAUCUUUUAAGUUUUUACUCAAUGCAACCCUUCAGACACACAUGUUACUGUACAUUUUAUUUAUAAACGCCCCUCUACAAUAUAGACAUGUUAAAAUUUUAAAUCGAGUACAAUAGUUUUCGAAAAACGUUCGAACAAAAUUCAUUAUUCUUCUAAAAUCAUCAUUGAACAGCGUCCAUGACAUUUAAAUCAUAUUUGUAUGCAUUUCCUGUUUUUGAUGAAAUUCAACAUUCCUAAUGCAUUUUUAAAUUAUUAUUCCAAUUUUAACACAAGUCGUUUGACUGAACAGUUUUAACUAAUCAUCGAAUUCGCAUAGUGUUGCAUACUUUUUUAAAUCUUUCAUUAAGAUUUGCCGAUUGACCCUUGGAACUCGAAAAUUGAAUUAUUAUGUAUAUUAGUAUAUAAAAAGUCAUCUUCAAGGUUAGUUCCCACUAGCUGAAACGUCAAUGUUAAGUUGAGAGACAACCUAGUGUGAAAUAUACGUAUUGAAUUUGCCGAUAUUUAUUUUACAUUGCUGAUCACAAAUAUAUUAUGUUACUAAAUAUCGAUGAGGUAAAGUAAUCAUUAAUUUAAAUAAGAAUGUAUAAUAAGUCAAAAUUAUUUUCAUCAUUUUGUUCUUGACCACUCUGAUACACUUGUAUUUUUGUGUUUAAAAAAAUAAGUUGAUUUUUUGCAUGUUUUUCUAGCUAGGUCACAUUGAAAUCUAAAUUUCACUCCAUCUAUAAAUAUUUUGAUUCUGACACAUUUUUAAAGGUCCAAAACAAAACAAUGAAAAUAAUUUUGACCCAAUCAAAUGUAAAGUUCUUCGGGUAAAGGCCCAAACGUUGGCACCAGCCAGGGCCACACCGACCGAGCAGCCUCGCGCGCGCACGUUUGUCUCGCCCGAGCCAAUUUGCUCGGCAAGAUGGCGGCCCUCAGUCAGCUGUUCAAAAUAGUUCCUAUUUGAGCGACAUAAUGCCGACUGUUGUAACAAGAUGCCUUCACCUAUGGAACGUUACAAAUUGGUACCAAAUUGGCGGUCUAUGCAAGAUUUCUAAAUUUAUGACAAUUUGCUAGUGCUAGUUUUAUAGUGGGUAUAUUUAUUUGUGUUAAUCGUGUGUUGAACUUAUACACUAGGACACUUCUAUGUGUCUUAAACUGUGGAUGUAAUAUGUAAUGAAUGUGCCGUUUACACUGAAAAUUAUUUUAAUUUAUAUUCUCUGUAAAACGCUGUAGAUCAGUACUUGUUAUUUAGAUUGAUGUAUGUUGAAUGUUCUUUUUAAACUUACCUUUAUGGGUUGGCAGUGUUCUCACAAAUAGAAUAAGAUUAGGGUACCCUUUAAAGUGGGUCUACUGAACGCCGUAGAACCUUACAUCAAAUAUUUUACUUUUAAAUUAAUGAAACAUAUUUCAGUUAUUUUAAAAUGCCAACCUACUCUGAGAACAUUUUAAUAACACAUGGCCAAAAACGUAUCAUAAAAAUACUAUAUCGAAAUAUUUUCUCUAAUUUUUUUGAAAUAGCUGUUAGGGCCUCCCCACACUAGAGUACUUUGAGCGGCGGCGUGAGUCAGCGCUACUACACAAUUGCACCAUUCAAUGUUGCGUCGAGUAGUAAUCAUAGAGUUGAGAAACCGAUACUCUGGAGACGCUGGUGUGGAGUGACCCUUGAAGUGCUUACAUACGACCGUACCUCACCAAGGUCAUACGCAUACUUUCCUGUAAGUGGGAGCGAGGAAGAGUUAUUUUCUUUUCGCUCUCACUUUCGUGAUAUUUCAAGGUCGAGGCGUUUGUUAGCUACUGUCUAGUGUCAAGUCACAACUUCUUUUGGAAACUUUAGUUUGGCCAUAGCCGCAUCAGUUAGUAUAAAUGUUGUGCUGUAUGAAAUUACUUUAAGGAGUCACAAUAAAAAUAUUGUUAGUGAUUUUU